AUGCAAAAGGGUGGUAAGAAUAGGCGUCGAGGAAAGAACGAGAACGACAACGAGAAGCGCGAGUUGACCUUCAAGGAGGAAGGUCAAGGUACGUGUUACCUCCUCACCUUCCAUGAGAUUCCACCUUCGGACCCCACUAUCUUCAACAUCUUCCGACUAACCCCUCCAACAGAAUACGCCCAAGUCCUCAAGAUGCUAGGAAACGGCCGCCUAGAGGCUCUCUGCUUUGACGGCUCCAAGCGCCUGGCACACAUCCGAGGCAAGCUCCGCAAGAAAGUCUGGAUCAACCAGGGCGAUAUCAUCCUGCUCUCGCUCCGAGACUACCAAGACGAGAAGGGCGACGUGAUCCUCAAGUACAGCGCCGACGAAGCCCGCUCGCUCAAGGCAUACGGCGAGCUCCCCGAGAGUGCUAAGAUCAACGAGACGGACACAUACGGCCAGGAGGGCGAGGGCGACUGCAACUUCGAAUUCGAUGAGGAUCGCAGCGAUAGCGACGAUGAGGAUGGGAAGGGUAAGGAAAUUGAUGUCGAUGAUAUCUAG